CAGCCCUUACCAAUUGGCAGUCGUUUUCUCCUCGUCUCACAGACGAUUGAGAUGGAAAAGUUUUGUUUUCAUCAGAUAUUUACGCACACAUUCCCAUCACCACACAUACGCAAUCAAGCAAACAAACGAACACCCAUAAAUUUAUAUAGACAAAGUUCGAUGCAUAACAAAUAUUGUAUCUUAUGAGUUUGUCUGGCAGAUAUCUUGCUUGUUGACAAUGCAUGAAUAGGAUAAAUACUUGCAAAUUGUUUGUAGUAAAUAAAUCAUAAACGUAUCUGAGCUAUUCAGGCCUGUAAUGUAUUUGCGGAGGUGUAAAUUCCAUGUUUUACUAAUUUUAUGGUUUGCUUUCGGUAAACAUAUUUUGUGGUCCUCGAAUUUUAUAAGUUGUGUAUGGCUUUGAUGAACUGAAAUAAAUUUAAAUGUAUGCAGUCUACAGAACAUUUUACUACUUUUAAAAUAUUUUAAAUUACAAAAGUAAUUAAAACUUGUGUUUGGCGUUUUAUAAUGUCCAUCUGGUGAUAGUCUACACUUUUAGGCCUGUUUUUAAACGUUAUCUCAAAAAUAGGUUUGCAAUUUAAAAGCUUAAUUUAAUGGUAAGUCGCUACGAAAUUUACAAAAGUGCUAUGAUUAAUGCCUAUUCAGCAGAGUCGCCAGAUUUCUAAUCGUCCCCAUUGUCGAUGGUGGCCGCUUUCAGUCAUGAAUAAGUUCUACCCGGAGUAUGUUUGCGCAAAGUGUUUGCCUUCGACUGCUGAUCCUCCUCCUGCUACUGAAAUCCGCCUGCACCGUCCAGGAAAAAUCCCGCAGAUACUUCUGGAGCACAAAGUGGCGAGAAGGAGCGUCGAAGGUGUUCGCCACCAAGAAGACACAGAUACAGCCGCUGUUGAUCAGUACGUGGAACUACACGGAUGCCAAUCUGCAGGCAUGGAGUGUCCUGCAGCAGGGACCUCGAAGGACUCGGCAGGCGGUCAUUCAAGGAUGCAUGGCCUGCCAGCACCCGCGAUGUGGCCACCUUUUGGCCGGCGGAUCUGCUCCAAACUCCGAAGGCGAUCUCACCCUGGAGGCAGCCAUCAUGGAUGGCGCCAGUUUGGGUUACGGCGCAGUGGCCGGAAUGAAGGGCGUUCGAAAUGCCAUCCUUGUGGCAGAUGCAGUUCUGCGGCACACCAAACAUUCCCUGCUGGUGGGAAAGAGUGCAGCAAGAUUUGCCCGUUCCAUGGGCUACAAGGAGGAUUACCCGGCGAGUGUGCGCACCGAGGAGGUCCUGAAGAAAUGGCAAUUGACAGGCUGCCAGCCGAACUUCUGGCGCGAUGUUCACCCUCCUCCGCUGGACAACUGCGGUCCCUACUCCCCCCUGCCCCGGCAUCUGCUCCAGCAGCCGCUGCACCAGGAAUAUCCCAUCGUCCAGGGUCACCACGAUCAGCUGGCCUUCCUGGCCCUGGAUGCGGAGGGCAAGUUCCAUGUGGCCAGCCACUCGAGUGGUGCGCGAUUUCGAAUUCCCGGUCGAGUGGGUGACGCGGCGGUGCCGGGUGCCGGGAUCUAUGCGGACAACGAGGUGGGUGGUGCGGUGGCCAGUGGGGAUGGCGAUGUCCUGAUGCGCCACCUGCCCGCCUUCCUCGCCGUCGAAGCCCUGCGGGGGGGAGGAACGCCGGAGAAGGCCGCCGAGGGGGUGGUGCAGCGCCUGCUGAAACACAACACCGAGUUCAAUGGGGGCGUGGUGGUGGUCAAUCGAAGGGGCAUCUACGCUGCCGCCUGUGCCGGAAUGGAUGAGUUCCAUUUCGUGGUCAGCGGGGGAAAGGGAUAUCUCAGCAUGGCGCGGGUGGAGAGGAUCAAGUGCGUGGAUCGGGAUGAAGUCGUGGAUGGGGGGCCCAAGGGAUUAUAUCAUGCAGCUCCCGAAAAACUGGUAAUGCCAACGGCAAAGGGAAACAUCAUAUAGAUAGGUACAAGAGGUAGAGGGUCUUAAGGGUCUUAAAAGCGGGUUUUAAGUACGUCCAUAUUAAGAAUGAAGUAAUGGGGUAAGAAAUAUAAGAACAGUACAAAAUGCUUAUAAGUUCUUACAAUAAGGACUUAACCAGCGAAGAUGUAUUGAAGUCACUUUGUGAUAGCGGAAGAUGGAAUUACGUCCGUACCCUUGCUUAAAUGUAUUUCGUCUUUUUGAACGUGAUCAGAAAAGUGAAAAAAUAUAACAAAAAUUCAACAAAAGGAGGAAAGAAAGAAAAAUCAGUUGGAUAAAAAAAAAUAUUAUAUAAAAUUUAGUAUCUAUAAGUUUAGCAAG